AAUGAUUACUGAAUUAGGGGAGUAGGCUCAUCAAAAAGGUUUCAAAAAGUGUUAGAACAAAAACCUUGAAGAAAGAUUGGAUAUGGAAAGCUUAAUUAUUGAUUUAUAUUCAUAAAAUUGAUUAUGAAAAACCCAUUUUCAAGACUGGUGACUUUGAAGGAGC